CUACAAGCGGCAGAUGCGGAUCCGAAUAUUUCUCUUUUGUAAAUUAUAAAAAGGGCCUUAAAGGCAGCUGGACCCGCGGAUUUUCAGAACACCAACCACCUUACUUACUCUCAAUACAUUUUCAUUUCUCUGAAUCCGAGAGAGAGAGAGAGAGAAGGGCAGAGCCGUGGCUAAAUUCCCAAUCCUAACCCCUACCGAAACCCUAGUAAUGGCCGUCCCCAGCUGCACCGCUUCUCUCCGCUCAUUCGAGUGCCGUACGGAUCCGGACUUCUCCGGCCGCUUUCCUCGCCCGGAGAUCCCCACCUCCGGCGCAUCUCGGUUCUCCUGCAAGGCUGGCGGCGGCUCGGCGAGUCGUGGUUUGUCGGUUCACGGCCUGUCGUCUUCUCUGAUCUAUCGGUUCCCGCCCAACUUCGUCAGGCAGCUCAGCACGAAGGCUCGCCGGAACUGCAGCAACAUUGGUGUCGCACAAAUUGUUGCGGCGUCGUGGUCAAACAAGGAGCUCGACAAUACCCCCUCCCCCCCGGCGGUCAAGGCCGUCGACGCUGCCGCGGCGGCCUCCUUUGUUGCCCCGGUGGCUGAGAAUGUCACUGGCGUCGAGGAGGAUGUGGCUGCUGUGGUGGAUAGUGUUUUAGGAGAAAAUGUACAGCCGGAGGAUUUGACUGAUGAUGUCGGAUACUCUUCAUUUUUGACCAGUCGUGGCAGCAUGGCCAUUCAUGCUGGUGAAAGAUUGGGUCGCGGUAUUGCUUCGGAUGCUAUUACUACCCCUGUUUUCAACACAUCUGCUUAUUUCUUCAAGAAGACUCAAGAACUCAUUGAUUUCAAGGAAAAACGACAUGUGAGCUAUGAAUACGGAAGAUAUGGAAACUAUACUACUGAAGUAUUGGAGCAGAAAAUGAGUGCACUGGAGGGAGCUGAGUCAACAUUGUUUGUGGCAUCUGGCAUGUGUGCUAGUACAUGCUUGAUGUGGGCAUUGGUUCCUGCUGGCGGGCACAUUGUUACAACUACAGACUGCUACAGGAAAACUCGUAUAUUCAUUGAGAAGAUAUUGAUACCAAAAAUGGGAGUAAAGGCCACUGUUAUCGAUCCUGCAGAUGUUGGUGCUCUUGAGGCUGCAUUGAGCAGGAAUGAUGUGACGCUUUUCUUCACGGAGUCGCCAACAAACCCAUUUUUGAGAUGUGUUGACAUUGAGCUGGUUUCAAAGCUUUGCCAUGAUAAGGGAGCUUUGGUGGUUGUCGAUGGGACAUUUGCCUCUCCUAUCAACCAGCAGGCCCUUUCUCUUGGUGCUGAUCUUGUUAUACACUCUGCAACUAAAUAUCUUGCUGGACACAAUGAUGUCCUUGCUGGUUGCAUCAGUGGUCCAACUAAGUUGGUUUCAGUAGUCCGUGAUAUGCAUCAUAUUCUGGGUGGUACUCUCAAUCCUAAUGCCGCUUAUCUAAUCAUCCGAGGCAUGAAGACACUGGAAUGUCGUGUACAGCAACAGAAUCGCACUGCGUCAAGGAUGGCCGAAAUUUUAGAGGCACAUCCUAAGGUGAGUCGUGUGUAUUAUCCUGGGUUGGCAAGUCACCCUGAACAUGAGCUGGCGAAGAAGCAAAUGACUGGUUUUGGCGGUGUUGUCAGUUUUGAGGUUUGUUAUCCCAAAUUGUUGAAACUUUUGUUCUAAUUUGUGUUCGGGGGACAUGAUUACUCUGAUAUUUAUCUAAGGAGUGUAUUUCAUGUCUGUAUUAGGUUGAUGGAGACUUACAUAGAACAAUAAAGUUUGUUGAUAAUUUGAAAAUCCCAUAUAUUGCGCCAUCUUUUGGAGGUGUUGAGAGUAUUGUGGAUCAACCAGCAAUUAUGUCUUACUGGUAUGUGUUUUAUCUAUUUCUCUUGGCUUUCAUUUUUUGUAAGAUUGCUGGUUUUUCCUUCUACAUACAUUGUAGUGUAGCUACUAUUUUGACCUAAAUAGUCCAUGGUGAAGCUGUAUCAAUUUUAAUCCCAGGCUUUUUUAUUCUUUUCACACACCCGAAAAAGAAAAAUCAAAAAAAGAAGCCCCUUGUAUUUGGUGUGAGAUAUGAAUUACCCUGCAAACUCGCUCAUUAAUCCCGUUUCAUCCACUGUCUUGUCACGUGUAUGUAUAGUCUUUGCAUUUCCAUAAAGAAUUUUUGUCUAAGGUGGUUUUGUAUGGUUUUGGAAAUCAGGGACCUUAGCCAGGCAGACAGAGCCAAAUAUGGAAUUCUGGACAACUUGGUGAGGUUCAGCUUUGGAGUUGAAAGCUUUGAAGAUUUGAAGAGGGAUAUCCUUCAGGCUCUGGAUACGAUAUAAAGAAGACAUCUCCACCCACCCCAAUUUUCACCACCCCAUUUGUUUCCUUUUUGCGUUAAUUCUCUUGUUGGGAUGAGUUGUCACUCUAGUUGCUUUUGCUAAGUUCUUUUUGUUUCAGCUAUUGGGAUAAUUGUUAUUGAAUGUUUCUGUUGGAAACAAACAAAUUUGGUUUUGCCCUGGAUAGAAAAGAUUUUAUGUUUUUAUUUGUGAAAGCUUUUAUUUUGUAGCGUUAUUGCUCUUUGGUUUUGAAGUAUGAAGUAAUCCAUAUCUCAUGAAGUGCCAAAGUAGGAGGAUUCAAUGCCAAAACAUUUACAUCACGUCAUCCGAAGCAUAUUCUUGCCAAUUCGAAUCCAUUCACAUCGCAUUAUCCGAAGCUGCUGCUUUUACAUUUUUUGGUACAAG